GGCCCUAAACUCAUGGCGGAGGCCGAUGCGACGGUGAAAUAUUAGCGUUUUAGGUUAUGUACAAAAAUGUGUAUCCGAUCUGAAUGCAUUCUGUAAAGUAAGAUAAAACCGCUUUAAAAUUUAAAUUGAGUCUUCAGAAUAUUGAUCCAGAUUCAACAUUUUUACCGUUGGCUUAGCUGUGUGUUGAGUCAAGGAAUAAAUAAAUAUCUUGUAUCGCUUAAAAUUUUCUAAACUUUUCAUCAUAAGUAGGUACAGAUUUAUUUCAAGCACAAAAUGUUGCAAUUAAAUGGUCUAAGACAUGCCCUGCAAAGGAAAUCAUUUUCUAAAAUCAGAAUCAAAAAGGAAUUUUGUCGUUGUUUUUCUUCUCACCAAAAAUUUUCAGAACAUAAGCCGAUAGAAUAUAUAAGAAAUAUUGGAAUCUCAGCCCAUAUUGACUCCGGUAAAACAACUCUCACCGAACGUAUCCUUUAUUACACAGGAAGGAUAUCAGAAAUGCAUGAGGUAAAAGGUAAAGAUAAUGUUGGAGCUACAAUGGAUUCAAUGGAAUUGGAACGCCAACGUGGAAUCACAAUACAAUCGGCAGCAACUUAUACUAUUUGGAAAGAUCACAAUAUCAAUAUCAUUGAUACUCCUGGGCACGUUGACUUCACGGUAGAGGUGGAGCGGUCGCUGAGAGUGCUCGAUGGCGCAGUUCUGGUCCUCUGCUCGGUUGGUGGAGUCCAGAGUCAAACGAUGACCGUCAAUCGACAGAUGACCCGAUACAAUGUCCCGUGCUUAGCCUUCAUCAAUAAGUUGGAUCGUCAGGGAGCCAAUCCGCACAGAGUUCUUAUGCAAAUGAGAAACAAACUGAGGCAUAACGCCGCCUUUCUUCAAUUGCCAAUAGGACUCGAAAAAAACCUCGAAGGAGUGGUUGAUCUAAUUCAUGAAAAAGCAAUCUAUUUCGACGGCGAAUACGGAGAUAUUAUCCGGGAGGAUGAAAUUCCAAAAGAGAUGAGAAGUCAAGCAAAUGAUUUUCGGCAGGAGCUUGUGGAAAGUGUUUCUAAUGCUGAUGAACGCCUUGGAGAGAUGUUCUUAGGAAAAUCACCAUCAGUGCAAGAGCUGAAAGAAGCGAUUCGUCGGGUCUGUCUAAAACGAACAUUCACUCCAGUGAUGCUUGGAAGUGCUUUGAAGAACAAGGCCAUUCAACCAUUUCUAGAUGGAGUUCUCGAUUAUCUCCCGAACCCAGGAGAAGUGGAGAACUAUGCCUUGAGAGAAAAAACCAAAGACGAAGAACCAGAAAAAAUUCUUUUGAAUCCUGUGCGAGAUGGUUCAACGCCAUUUAUCUCUCUUGCUUUCAAACUAGAAGCAGGACGUUUUGGACAGUUGACAUAUCUAAGAUGCUAUCAAGGCAAAUUGAAGAAAGGUGAUUCAAUUAUUAAUGUUCGGACCAAGAAAAGGUAUGUUCGCAUUCCUCGUUUGGUUCGGCUUCAUUCGAAUCAAAUGGAGGAUGUUGAAGACGUAUUUGCUGGCGAUAUUUUCGCAUUGUUCGGUGUCGACUGCGCCAGUGGAGAUACGUUCGUUGUCGACCCAAAUCUUAAUCUGUCACUGGAAUCGAUAUUUGUUCCUGAUCCUGUGGUUUCAAUGUCUAUCACACCUCUAACCACAAAAGAUCGUGAUAAUCUUCCAAAAGGAAUUUCAAGAUUCACAAAAGAAGACCCCACUUUUCAUUAUUAUUUCGAUGAUGAUGUCAAAGAAACCCUAGUCUCAGGAAUGGGAGAGCUGCAUCUAGAAAUCUAUGCACAGAGAUUGGAGAAGGAAUACAACUGUAAGGUGAAACUGGGAAAACCCAAGGUAUCAUUCAGAGAGACUUUAACUCAGCCAUUUGAAUUCGAUUACCUUCACAAAAAGCAGUCUGGAGGACAAGGCCAAUUUGCGCGAGUUAUUGGAGUAAUAGAGCCUUUGCCAGCACAUCAGAACACUGUGAAUAUAUUCAAAGACCUGACAGUUGGAACCAAUGUGCCGAAGCAAUUCAUCCCUGGUGUCCGAAAAGGAUUCGAACUCAUGUGCGAAAGAGGAAUGUUGACCGGACACCGAGUGUCGGGCCUGUUCUUCAAGCUGCUGGACGGAGCACACCACACGGUGGACUCGAGCGAGUACGCGUUCAACCUGGCUGCGCAGGGCGCCUUCAAGCAGGCUUGCCAGGAGGGCCAGUGGAACAUCCUCGAGCCUGUCAUGCUCGUCGAGGUGUCGGCGCCCAUCGAGUUCCAGGGUAACCUCAUAAGUCACUUGAACAAGCGAAGUGGUUUGAUCAUGUCCACCGAUAGUACGGCUGACUGGUGCACUAUAAAUGCUGAGGUUCCUUUAAAUGAAAUGUUUGGCUUUAUUGGAGAACUAAGAUCGUCAACUCAAGGCAAGGGUGAAUAUUCAAUGGAAUACUCUAGGUACACUCCUUGCAAUCAAGCUGUUACUGAAGAAUUAAUAAGGAAAUAUGACGAAAGCCGAGGAAUUGUUCGUGAAGAUGAGAAGAAAAAGAAGAAAAAUUGAUGUUCUCUUCAAAGUAUAUAGACAUGAAGUUUGCUGUUAUUGUCGUUACCAACAGAAAGAAAAGCUAGCAAGACCAACAGUGGUGUUCACAGUUACUGUGAAUGUGGAUCACGUCUGUUUCUAUUUGUGUUGUUACAAAUAAGCUGUAAAUAUUGUAAAUAUAGCUGUUUCAUCAUA